CAACCAGCAGCAGGAGGUUAUUUCUCUCCUGAGCCGAAACAGCGUUCAUUUAACACACUGGGCUUUAUGAAGACGUUUGACCCAUUUCCCCAAUUUCAAAUACAGUAAUACAGGAAACUCUAUUGUGCCCUGGCUGGGAAACGACUACUACGAAACCAGGAAGAGACAUGCACGCUGGCCAAACCACAGUGGAUAUUAGGCUUAAAAGCUUUCAAAUAUACUAGUGAAAACGCGUUUGAGAAUCAACGAUAAAGCCAGAAGAGGAUGUUCUAGACGAAGGAAGUAGUAUGGUAUGGCGUGAUGUGUGUCUGGCUGCCCUCCCGACGAAUCCACCAUGCCGAUCGAAUUGGCCAUGCCACUUUAUCUGUCAAGUGAUGAGUUCCUGAACAUGAGGACUUCUAAAUACAGCAGGCCCUUGCGGCCAUGUAUACAUCUGUGUCAAAGUUCCAAGCUUAGUUUUAGCUCGUUUAGGCAGCAGUCAGAAUUGAAUGGGGUCAGUGCACCCUUAGCGGUGCCCGGCAAGGCCAAAAAACAAGUCUCUUUUGCUGACCACAAGGGCCUUGCCUUGACGAUGGUGAAGAUCUUUUCUGAAUUUGAUGACCCCUUUGACAUCCCAACUGACAUUGAGCAGUUUUUUACCUCUUCGCUGACUCUGUCAGAGGGGAAGAACGAGUUAAGCCUUGACUUUGACCAGCCAUCUGCAGAUUACUUAAAGUUUCGACAACGUAUAGAAAAGGAUCACGUCUGCCUCGAGCACUGCAUGCUUAAGGAAAAAUCUAUAGUAGGCACAGUCAAAGUCAAAAACCUUUCCUUUGAGAAGUCGGUUAAACUUCGCAUUACAUAUGACACUUGGAAGAGCUACACAGACAUGGAAUGCCAGUAUGUAAAAGACACUUACACCGGCACGGACCGUGACACCUUUUCGUUCGAAGCAGGUUUGCCCGAUCAAGUGCCUCCAUGUGAACGCAUUGAGUUUGCCAUCUGCUAUGAGGUCAAUGGCUUUUCAAUUUGGGAUAACAACCAAGGACAGAAUUACAGAAUCAUUCAGUCAACACUGAAGACAAAUUCAAAUGACUCAAGUGGUGGCCAUCAGCGAUAUGAUGUGAGUGAUUGGGACACUCAUUUUGACCGAUAUGGCAGCCCCAGAUGUUCGAAUGGAAUCUUUCCCAGUUGGCCAAGUUAUGCUGGAUAUGAAGACAUUGGCCCGUAUUAUUAAGCUUAAGGCAUAAAAUGCCUCGCAAGAAAAAUUGCUCAGGGCAACCGUUCCAGCUAGCAGAAAAACUUUAAAAACCACAACACCUUUUCCGCUGUUCUUUGGCCUCUAAUUCUAUCGACUUGUUGCACAGUAAAGCAAUAAAGACAUUUGAGAUAUUUUUUGUCAAUAAUAAUGGAUUAUAUUGUGCAACAGAACAUGUAUUAUAUGUAUUAACAAGCAUUAUAUUUUUACAAAUACUGUUGAUGGUGCAAUACAAAUAUGUAAUUGUGGCAAAUUGCACGUUUAUUUUCCAAUGACCAUCAGGUGCUUUGAAGCUAGCAGGUUUGUAUGUUCUUGAAGUUGAUUUUGGGUUUUGAAUGGAUUUAUUAACAAUUCUCCCAUAGCUACUGCUUUCUAUGCACCUUAUACAGUAGUAUGGUGUUAAUUGCAUUCUUAACAUUGUAAGUGAAUCUGCAGGCCAGUAUUUAAACUGUUAAUCAUGAACAAAAUUGCAAGAGGUUUUUCUGUCGGGGAGUCAAAUUUUCAACACUGAGCUUGAUUUUGAUGUGAAAAGUCUUGCGACGGGCACAGAGAGAAUGACCUAAGAGAAGAUCAGUUUUUCCCAUUAAUGUGAGACCAUGAAAUUGGACAUUAUGCAGUUACUGCUGCUUUCCAUAUAUGUGUUGUUUUUUCCUGGACUAGUUUUAAAUGAUGAAGAAAAAACUCUAAAGAAAGUAACCAUAUUUCUGUAACUUUGAAUUAAUAAAUGUGGCUUAUACUCACUGUAAUUUUCUACACAACAGGAUUAUGAGAUUAGUGUUGGUUGGCAGUUAAGUUGAUGUGUAUUGAUAUAAUUUGUUCUAUAUGCACUUUAAUUUGUUGUCACUCAUUUUAACCUUUCUUGUUUGUAACUGAAUACAGAUGUGUGAGAACCACUUUAAAUAUGUUGUUGUUAAAAUGUUCUAUUGGCGGUAUUUGGUAUGUUCAAUAUGUGCAUUUUAAUGCAAUGUUUUAAUUUUUUUUUUCUGGUCACUGAAAACAGUAAAUAAAGUAUUGGUAUCUGAA